AUGCUCCAUGAGUAUACAGAGGCAAACCAAACUCCAACGCUGCAGUCUCUCCCUCCUCAAUGUUCUCAGCCUAGAUGGGAGCCUCCGCCUCCACCGCUCAUCAAAAUUAACUUUGACGGUGCGCUAUUCAAAGAUACAGAGGAAGCAGGACUGGGAGUUGCCGUACGUGAUUCUCAUGGAAAUAUUCUCGCAUCCCUAGCAGAAAAGAUUAGGAUGCCAUCAUCGUCCGACGAAGUUGAAGCUCUUGCAGCGGUUCGAGCUAUCACCCUUGCUAUGGACCUCAAUCUACCAUCUUUUAUUGUCGAGGGAGACUCCGAGGUGGUUAUUUCAGCCUUAAGGAAAAAAGAAGACUCUUUUUCUUCUUUUGGCCAUUUGAUUUCUUCCGUCAAGCAAAUUUUAGUUAACUGUAACUGCAUUUCUUUUUCUCAUACCCGUAGAUCGGGGAACUCAGUUGCUCAUUCUUUAGCCAAAUUCGCAAAAACUAUUGAUGGUGUACUAGUGUGGAUGGAGGAUGUUCCACCACCUAUUUUGGAUGUUCUUUUAGUCGACUUUGGCUGA